UCAAUAUUCUAACCCCGGACCUUCACGGGUAUCAUUCAUAGGAAACUGCAGUAGAAAACAUACAAAAAUUUAAUAAAAUACGAAUAUCAGUGAAUAAAAAAUGACACUACUGCCAGUACAAUUCUCAUGGUUAAAUUUAAAACUUUAUGUGUUAACAUAUUUUAUUCACAUGAAGGGAAUGGGACAGUAUUUUAUAACAGAUGUCCACACCUUGUAUUAAAAAUACCAUCAUCUGCAACUUUGUAAAACAUACAGAGGAAACAGAGACAGGAAAUGAUGUAUAGAGUGAAACCUAAUCUGGACUAUAUUUUUCCCUGGGAAAAUUGUCCACAAUAAGAAAUGUUAUGGACACCUUCCUGCUCCCUGAGUAAUGUCUUUUGAGUAUGAUACAGACCUCCACAAUAACAGCUUCAUACAAGUAUAUUUAGCAUUAUUGAUAAAUUGAUAAAGUUUCACUGUAUACAUUUUCCUCACUCAAAUAUGUCUUUUUAAAAAACAAUUUUUUUGAAAAUGAAACAUAUUGGAUAAUCUAAAGACUAAAAACAUGUCCCCAGCAACCUGUAAGCUUUAAAGGAAGGAGCAUUUAGGUGCAAUAUUAUUGAUUCAAGAUACUGGUUUUGAAUGAAGACAUAAACUGACAAGAAUUGAUUGUUUUGGUAACAGGCUAUGGAUUAGCAGUCUGAGAAAGCAGAAUUUUGUUCAGCUGAUUAUGACAAUGUUCUCGUCAAAAGCCCAGAAAUCUGAUCCAAACUGACACUGUUAAACAUAGACAUCGUAAAGGAACGUAACUGUUACGUCAAUCAUAAUUGAAAACAAAUAUCAUAGGCAUCAUGACUGAAGAGUAAACAGAUUGAAAUGUGGUAAUGACUGACAGCUUUAUUCUCCAACUGACAGGUGUAUAUAUCACAGCGGAAUGAAAUGUACAUCAACCAGUGUAUGACUUCUCAUGGUGACACCAGCAUACACCCUCCGGCUAUAGAGUCGCAACUGUUUUAUCAUUAUCUUCAGGAAAUAUUGCACUCACAAAAAUCUGAUCAUUUGUGUUUCUGUGGGAAUGUGUUUUCUCUCUCUAAUUUGAUACAAUAACUUGGAACAUACAAGGCCUCAUUGUGGAUAAAGGACAACUGGAUCAUUAUAUACCCAAUGGCUGGUCUUGUUAUUCUUACAGACCUUCUACAGUACAUGAUUUUCCAGAUUUGUCAAACACCCUUGUGAUCGGUCAAGUGGAUUAAUGGCGUCCCUCAUCAUCGCAUGACAGCAUUUUGCAUAACACCCCACCCUACUCCAUUCUGCACCAGCCUCCGGACAAGGUGGUGGCGAUGUCGUUGAAGUCUUCAGCAUCUGAGGGAAGAAACUGAUUUGAAGACGCCAGUGACAUUUGACAGUGUUGCCUCCUUAUUGCUCCUGAGCACUACCGCGUUCAGUGACCAGGAUAUAUAGUGCUUAUGUUACCAUCUGACAUCCCACUGGAGAUACACUUUCUGAAUCAAGAAGGCCUACACUUGAUUGAAAAAUGACUUCGCCAUGCAGUGCAAAGAGUUUGAUGUUUCUAGUGAUGUUGAUUACCUGGACAAGGCAAGUGGAUGGUCAAGGCUGUCCAGCAGCAGCAGCUCCAGUUGCAGACAUGUGUUCUGGGGAUUUUGUCAGCGGAGCCAGAGUAUUUAUCGACACAUCCAGCGUAUUGCUCCAACAUCUUAACUGCUCCUGUUUUCUGCAAACAACGGCAGAUUCUCUGAGUGUUAUUCUCAUCUCAGCUCCCAACUAUCAAAAUUGCCUGUCCAGGCUUGAGUUCAGGUCAUCUAAUCUUGUGCGAUUUGAAUGCCUGUUUUCGGGGAUAACAAUUGAUGUUUCUGCAAAGAAGAGUUUUGACAUCGACUUCAAGAAAGAUGUGCCGAAUGCUAGUAAUAACUACUGUGUGGACAUCAAAGCGAAUCCUUCACCUGGAGGAUCCAUAACCACAGUCCAACUGAAAUGCAGUCAAGCCGCCCAGACCAUAACAACAACACCAACUACCACAACAUCAACAACUACUACCACCACUACCACCACCCCAAGACCCAUCAUCACCAGUACCCCUUAUAACCCAACCACGACCAGACCGACCUACACCCCAGGUGUAACAACAUGGAAGGGGACCUAUGGUCCGACCACCCAGUCGACACGCACUACAACAGUCUACACGUACACUGGCUUCCCCAGCAGUGUCAGUCAGACAGCAAUUAUUAUUAUCUGCUCUAUUGUUGGCGCUGGUCUUCUAGUCGGAAUCAUCAUUGCAGUUGCUGCCAUCAUGGGAAAACGGAGACAACCAAGAAGGAAUGCAAACAAAAAUCGCUUCAGUGUACCAGCAAAUAGUAAUUUGGACAAUGGCAACAACAGUUACCUGGGACACAAACGUAUAGGCAAUGGUGUUGAUGAGAGAAGCGAAGACUUUUUACAUCGUGCUGUUACCUCAAGUCACAAGAAACACCCGUCUCUCAACAGAAUGUAUGAUAACAAUGGAUAUGACAAUUACGAACAUUCUCGCAAUUUCAGCACGCUUGUUGUCAGUGAACGAUUGUAAGAUUGACAUUUAUUGUAUCCUCAAAGUGUUUUUGUCAAUGAAGCAUUAAUCAAAUUGAAAACAUAAUCACAAUAAAUAUUUUCAAUUUUAAAAACUACCUAUUUAGAACAACACAUGACAAUUGAACAUUUGUUUUGUCUUCACCUUUAAACAACUCUAAACUCUUGUUUUAAAAUAUUACAAUUAACAAAUAUAAUCAUAAUCUUUUAAAUGUUUUAUGAAUUGUGAAUUGAAUCUAAUAAUUAAUUUAUUUUGCUUCAUGCUCAUAAGUGAAUAUUUCUUCAUGUAUGCUUGUAAUAUUUCCUUACAUUACCUAUGCAAUUUAAUUUUUGUGUUUUUGACAUACAAGCCAAAUGCUUCAACCUAUAUGUAGCUUAAUAUAUUUUUGACUGCAAUGCAAGUAAAUGCAUUUAUAUAUAUUGUAUUUUUCUUUUUUGGUUGCCAGGGUUGUAUGUCUGAGAUUAUCGUCAUGGAAACAUCCUUAUUAUCAUGAUUAUCAGCAUUAUCUAUAUUUGCUUGAUGGAAUAUUGCAUAAUAAUGUUAUUUCAACCAAUUUUUAAAUAUUCAGGGGAUAUGAAAUGUUUGCCCCUCUUAAAGUUCAAACUGCUUUAUUCAUAUGCAUAUGAACUUUAUAUAAGGAAGCUGUCAAUGCUCAAAGGUCAACAUUGGAAGUCGUCAUUGGAAAAUACGAGCCUGAUUGUAAAGUUGGGGUCGAGAAUUUUACAGUUUAGAUUUAUGCAAUACAUCAUUGCAAGGGAAAUGCUUCAUUUUCACAAAUUACAAUCUGAUGUGGUGAUGUGGCCAAUAAGGACAUGGGGGUGAAAUAUUUUUCAAAUGCCUCAUAAUUUUACAAAUUUUG